UUAAGCAGUAGAAAUACGAAAAUUCUGAUGUUGAAAUAUUACCAAGCUGGGAAUGUUACAGACUCGAUUUACCAGGAGCUGCACGAAUGCAGUAGAUCUGAAGUGCUGUUGCUAAUCUCCAGGGAGGGAAAAGUAUACACCUCAGCAGCCUUUUGGUCUGAAAGAUGUGACAGUACAAUACUGUCGGCAUACGUCGCACAGUGUGCAAUUUUAGUGCUCCGUUCACUCAAAGCCAUUCGGAUUGCCCUUUGCACACGACUCGCUCUCUAUUAACAUAUAGCACAGCGGGAAAGAGCCCCUCAGUCAAAGGAGCCUCCGCUCAGCAAGAGAAACUUUAACAGGUCGAAAGUGCACGUUGCAUUUUCAGGUUUUUUUUCAGUGAAAUACGUUAUGAUUUGAGAUGACUUACAAAUAUAUCGACGUGUACUGAAGUGGUUUAACUCUGUCAGAAGGAUAUCCGGCCAGUAUUUCUUUAAGUUCCAUUGCAUUGUAUUGUUGCAGUUGAAAAUGGAUCAGUUUAUGGAUUCAGAAAAAGCUAAUCUGAUAACUGAAAAUAAGGCGAGGAUGUACAGUCUACGCUUGAAAAGCCCUUUUUCCAGUUCAAAAGAAACAUACCCAAAUUGCCCAUUUGACAAUGGAAGCAGUGCCAACUCCAUUGAAUUGGAGAGAUAUACAAGUCAACAUUGCCACAGCAGAUCUACAUCAGAUUUUGAAAACAGCGCAAAGCUGCUGGCAAGAAGGAAGCUCUAUAUUGCUGCUGUUAUUUGCCUGAUAUUUAUGGUUGGAGAAGUUGUAGGUGGCUACUUUGCCCACAGUUUGGCCAUUAUGACAGAUGCAGCACAUUUACUGACUGAUUUUGGCAGUAUGCUAGUUAGUCUCUUUUCCCUUUGGAUUUCCACCCGCCCUGCCACAAAAACAAUGAACUUUGGUUGGCAUAGGUCAGAAAUUCUAGGGGCUCUUCUUUCCGUACUAUCAAUUUGGGCAGUAACAGCUGUAUUGGUUUACCUUGCCAUCCAGCGACUGAUCAGCAAAGACUUUGAGAUUGAAAGCCAUGUAAUGCUUAUAACAUCCGGGUGUGCAAUAGGAGUCAAUAUCAUAAUGGCUGUGUUACUUCAUCAGUCGAAUACUUCCCAUAGCCAUGGUCGCGCAUUUGGUUACGAGGAGUUAGAAAACAACACAGUUGAUGAAAAUUCUUCCCAACAAAAUCAUCUAGGCAACACCAGUGUGAGAGCUGCCUUUGUGCAUGUUAUUGGAGAUUUGUUUCAGAGCAUCGGAGUGUUUGUGGCGGCUACAGUCAUCUUCUUUAAGCCUGCUUAUAAAGUCGCAGAUCCUAUCUCUACAUUCUUUUUCUCCAUUUUUGUCCUGGGUUCCACUAUAACUAUCUUAAAGGACGUCUUCCGUGUACUUAUGGAAGGUACCCCAAAAGGAAUGGACUUCAAUUCAGUGAAGGAGGUUCUUCUCUCUAUUAAAGGAGUGAAAGCCAUGCAUGGUCUCCAGCUUUGGGCCUUGACAUUAAACCAGCCUGUGCUUUCUGUUCAUAUUGCUAUUGAGGAGAACGUGGAUGCUCAGUCUGUGUUGAAGGAAACCACAGAGAUCCUUCGCAGCAAGUUUACCUUCCACACCACAACAAUUCAAGUGGAAAAUUUCUCAGAGGACAUGCUAGAUUGCAGUCAGUGUCAAGACCCAAAAGACUAAGAUUUCUUUCAAAUUUAAGAUCCCAGGAGGUGCCAUUCGUUGUUGUAUUGUACACUUGUCUCAGUAUUUUACAAGAUUUUGAAAAACCUACUCAAACUUAGGCUACGAUAGGCUACUGUAAUAAUAAAUAGUAUGAGACCUUGAUUUCCCUCUGCAAAGCAAAAAAAGGAGAAGCUCAGGAGAGAUCAAAUCACUCUAGAGUGAGUUGAAACAUUGCUGUGCAAUUCGCCAACUUGGUAGGACUUUCAUAUUUAUGAACUGGGAUCAAUAGUGAGUUGAGUACAAAUUUAAUGACUCUUGGUAGGUAAUAUUAUGUUAGUAAUUAGGCACAACUUGGGGAAGGACAGAUCCAAUAUCAGAGAAUUAGAUGUUUCUGAUACUUAGGUAGCCAAGAUACAAGAGCAGGAUUUUCCUGACCGCUAUCUGAAUGCUGCUAUUAGGCUGAAAUUGGGUUCAGAAGUUCUCACUAUCUGGGGAGCAAUUCUCUGGAUGGAAUAAUCAAUUGCUAGAGGGCUGACUGUUAAAUCUGGAGAGCUUGUUCUGCUGCUAUGUUGGGUAAGUGAAGGAAAGGGCAUUCCAAAAUGGAGACACCCACUCGCCAACCUUUUCAAAACUACAGGAAAAUAAUAAGAUUCAGCGACCUGACCAUCAUUGCUGUGCAGGAGAGAACUCUUCUACAGGGUAACUCAUGCUUGAUUCCAGAUGGCCUAUAAGGGCCUCUAAGUCUUAGGACUUUGGCAGCCUGAUCUGUCAUUGGGAGACAGUUUAGCUGAGAUCUCCCAAAACACAUCUGGGAGACCUGAAUAUGAAUGGACAAUCAGAGUCAACAUCCUUUAAUUGAUCUUUGUAGAGCUUUCUUUGGCUGUCAGUCUUGUAGUGGGGGACACUGUCACAUACCCAUCCCAUCUCCAGGAAAACGCCGCUGGGUAGGGCUGUGGCAUGGAAUAAGAAAGCCAGUAUACCAGCAGCCAGGCUGAAAAUUUCUUAGUGCCUGUUCACCUCAAUUCCCUGCCAAAGUAGGAGUGAAAAAUCUCCUCAAAGAUUCCUGUUAGGCUAUUCAUUUGGCAUGCUUGACUUGAUUUGAAUCAAUAAUUUCUGUGCAUGAUAUUUGGAAUAUCCAAUUUGAUAAAGAAGAUCUCAUGCUUCUCCAGGAUAAAAACAUACUUUGUAAACCGGUUACAGAGCACACAAUGAUAAUCCGGAUGAAGUUAAGGUUUUAUUUGCACAGAGGGUAAAACUUAUUUCCUGCCACUGGACAAUAUAAACUGGAUGCACGGAUUUAUCAAAAUUAGACCUUGGAAAUUUUGUGAGUAAUUGAAGUACUUUGACUUCAGAAAGACUUUAUCAUCUCCCAACCCAUUCUUAUAUACCAUUUUGGUGGCGAAUGCUUGGGCUGGCUGCCCUGCCGGCAGCAUCCCUCCAAUGAAAGGAGAUGGCAAUGCAAGGAAAGUGAGGGGCUUCUUUUGAAGGUAUUUCACACAAUGUUUCAAAGAAUUUUGGUUAAAAAGUUCUUUGUAAUUAAGGGGUCAGAGUGCACUGUUGUUAGAUUGAGAGGAUGGAAACAUUUGAAACAUUCUUUGUGCUUAAUGCUUGAAAAAUACUUCAGACUUAGCAGAUAUGUAAAAGAACAGCUUGAAGAAAACGUUUAGCAUGAGACCUAAUGUUACAUUGUAAACUCAACUUUUGCAAAUCAUUAUAUGAUCAAACCUCCCAAAACAGAUCAGGUGAAUUGGCCAUGCUAAAUUGCCCAUAGUGUUAGGUAAGGGGUAAAUGUAGGGGUAUGGGU